UGUUCAUUUGCUUACUCUAUUUUUCUCUCACUAUUCACUUCUCUUAUGCCAAGUGUGGAUCUAAGAACAACAAGAAGAAGAAGCACCAAGAUGAAAGCUUUGUUCUUGUACCUGAAGAAAAGGCCCAAACUGAAGCAAGGGGUCUUCCUUGCAAUGGUGUUCUUGGCAGCCUCCUCGUUUUUAUGGGUCGCAACCUCUCUCCUCCGCAACACCCAUUACAGUUCCAACUUGGGUCUCUCGCCUCAAUCCUCACUCUCUGAUUCAAGCCCUUAUCACAGCUUCAAGCUCUUCGCCGCCGACUUCAAGGACAUGAUCCGGAGCUUCAAGAUCUACGUCUACCCCACUAAUUCAUCUUCCUUUGCUCAGAUUUUCGACCCCCACCCAAACCCAUUCGACCCCAAAAUGGGAAACUACUUCAGUGAACACAUGUUCAAGCUGGCUCUGAUUGAGAGCCCACUCAUUACCCACAAUCCCGAAGAAGCUGAUCUCUAUUUCUUGCCGUUUUCGGUCAAUCUUCUCCGAAACGACCCAAGGGUCCACUCGGAGGAUGCCAUUUCCGAAUUUGUGGCUCAUUACACCAAUGAGAUUAGCCAAGGGUUUCCUUUCUGGAAUGCCUCCAUGGGUUUGGAUCAUUUCUAUGCUUGCUGCCACUCUGUUUGCAGAGAAGCCAUGGCGAAACACAAUGCCUUGCGCAACAAUGCCAUUCAGCUCACUUGCUCCUCCAGCUACUUUCAGAGGUUCUAUGUCGCCCACAAAGACGUUUCCAUGCCUCAAGUCUGGCCUCGCCCGCCUCAGCAAACCCUCAAUCCCCCGAAAUUGAGGGACAAGCUUGUGUUCUUUGCUGGGCGGGUUCAAAACUCGAUUGUGAGGCAGCAGCUAGUGGAUUUAUGGGGCAAUGAUACUCACAUGGACAUCUUCUCCGAGAACCCAUCUUAUCCUUAUGAAGAAGGGUUUAAGAGGAGCAAGUAUUGCCUCCAUGUUAAGGGCUAUGAGGUGAACACUGCCAGGGUCAGUGAUGCUAUACACUAUGGGUGUGUCCCUGUUAUAAUGUCGAAUUACUAUGAGCUUCCUUUUGCUAAUGUGUUGAACUGGACCACAUUUUCGGUCAUCAUUAACCACAAUGAGGCUGCUUCGUUGAAGAAGACGUUGCUGUCGAUAACAAAGAAGACUUACCUGAACAUGUACCGGAAUUUGUUGAGCGUCAGAAGGCACUUUGUUUGGCACAAGACUCCCAAGGGAUAUGAUUCCUUCCACAUGACUGCUUACCAGCUGUGGCUCAAAAGAGGGUCGCAGCGUCCAUCUUUCUAGUUCCUGCUUUGUGAUUCUGGGUUUUGGGUGUGUCCAAAUUGCCACUGUGAGAAAAAGAGAUGGAUGUUUUUUGUGGAGUUUACACUUUUGAAGCAGAAACUCACCCUUGUAUUGUAUGCCAUGUAAGCUUUGCAACCAUAAUUUGUUAUACCUGGUGUGUAUGAUAACAUUGAACGGAAAACAAGUUUUACAUCUCGA